AGUUCAAUUUUCUCUGGAACAAUCAAGAUCACCAGGAAAUCGAUGUCUGUCUGUUUAGACAAUUAGAUACUGUUUAAGUGGAGAGGAGUAGAAAAACUAACAUUCCUUGAAUCUGUGAGUGAGCGAAAUGAGCAAUUAGAAGGAUAUCUAGAACGCAGAAGCUGGAAGAUUGUUCUUAUAUAAACCCAUGCUGAGUGGCUGGAAGAUAUCAUUCAGUGUGCAGCAUUCACAGCAUCUGGUGUUCUAGCAAAAACUUAAGUACCUCACAGACUUAAAAUGAAGUUCUUCGUUGCUAUCGCUGUUGUUGCUUUGGCCGCUGGAGCUUGGGCCUUGACCAUCGAUCAACAAAAGAAGGCCGAAGCUUACGCCGCUGAAUGUGUCAAAUCCACUGGAGUCGCCCCGGACACCCCAGUCAAGUUGAAGAAGGGUGAGUUCGCUGGAGCCGAUGACAAGACCAAGUGCUUCUCCAAGUGUGUGCUGGAGAAGGCCGGCUUCAUGAACGAGAAGGGUGAGAUCCAGGAAAAGACCGUCAUCGACAAACUGUCGGUCGAUCACGAUAAGGCCAAGGUGGAAGCUACUCUGAAGAAGUGCAACCAGAAGGGAGCCAACGCUUGCGAUACCGCCUUCAAGAUGACCGAGUGCUUCUACAACACCAAGGCCGGACUGGUCUAAGUGGGGGUUCUGUGCUGUGAUAUGCUUUGUACGUUUGGGUACGUUUUGAGUGUGAUUAAUUUGAAAAUUAUUUAUUAAAACAAAAAAUACGUCCUCUAA